GAAACUACUGUUGAGAUGCCCGAGCCUGCGAAAUCCGCUCCUGCCCCGAAAAAGGGCUCCAAGAAGGCGGUGACCAAGGCGCAGAAGAAGGACGGCAAGAAGCGCAAGCGCAGCCGCAAGGAGAGCUACUCGGUGUACGUGUACAAGGUGCUGAAGCAGGUGCACCCCGACACAGGCAUCUCGUCCAAGGCCAUAAGCAUCAUGAACUCAUUCGUCAAAGACAUCUUCGAGCGCAUCGCGGGCGAGGCGUCGCGCCUGGCGCAUUACAACAAGCGCUCGACCAUCACGUCCCGGGAGAUCCAGACGGCCGUGCGCCUGCUGCUGCCCGGCGAGCUGGCCAAGCACGCCGUGUCCGAGGGCACCAAGGCCGUCACCAAGUACACCAGCUCCAAGUGAGUGUGCCCGGAGGCCCGCUCCGACCCAAAGGCUCUUU